CGCAGUCUCUGGUCGGUCUCCACUGCUCACACCCGGACCGUCUGAGCAUCCUCACAAGAUCGAGUCACCCUGCACGUAGAGACCUGCACGCGGUCACGUCCACGCUAUGUUGGAGGAUAGGAAGCGACAGAACUCCGAAGGAAAGAAGAGGAGACGCCCUGGUGAAGAUGAAGGAGGAGAGAGGAAGAGGUGGGGAGGUGACGAAGGAGAGAGGAAGAGGAGGGGAGAAGGAGAAGGGCGGCAGGGAGACGGUGGCAAGAAGCGCCUGGAUCCCAUGAGCGUGGGCUAUUUCCGCCGAGUCGGGGAAAGGCUCGACGAAGGCUUUAAAGAAAAGGAGGAGAGAGAGAUGUUUGUGGAGAACGUCCUGAACGAGGUGAAAGGUAAAGCGGCGGUCGUGGCGAUGGACAUGACGGGGAGCAUCACCCUGCAGCGGCUGCUCCCGCUCUGCAGCCCCGGCCAGGUGGCCGAGGUGCUGGCCGAGCUGGGCGGCCCCGAGGGGUCCGAGUUCAAGGAGGCGUCCUGCGACCGGUGCGGCGGCCACGUGGUGGAGAGCGCCGCCCGGCGGAUAUCCGGGUGGACCGAGUCGUCGACCACAGAAGACGAAAAGGAGAGCUGGGACGCGUUGGAGGCCCAGGUGUUGUCUUUGAGUCAGGUGGUGAGAGACAACAUCGCAGAGUUCGUCAAACACGUGCACGGCUCGCACGUGGUCCGCACACUCCUGCAUGUGCUGGCGGGCUGCAUGGGACCCCCCCGCACCGAGCCUCGUCCAGCUCCAAAGGGACGCACCGUCGCUCCUCAGCUCACAGACUUUGAGAUUCCUUCGUCGUUUUGGUACGAGCUGAAAAGCCUCACGGACACCUUGUUGGACAACGUGAAACUCAGUGUGACGGAUGCCGUGUCCAGUGCCGUGUUCCAGACCAUGUUGACCGUGUGCCACAGGAAGCGGCCGAUUCUCUGCAAGCAGCUCCUCAAACGCGCCACGGGGUACCUGACGACCCGCAGUGCCGCUCCGGGAGUGAGUCCCCUUCUGGUCUUUCUCAAGGACCCGGCCUCCAGCCACCUCGUUGAGAUCAUCAUACAGCUGUCCCACAAGUCUCUCCUCCGGGACCUCUACAAGAACCACUUCAAGGGUCAGCUGGUGGACUUGGCCCUCCAUGCCAUCGCCAACUUCCCCGUGCAGAGGCUCACGGCGGCCGCGGCCAAACACAAAAUGUUCCUGGGCUUGUUCGACGAGCUGAUCGAGGGCAUUGAGGCCAUCCUGGCCGCGGGUCACAUGGGUGUGAUUGUCCAACUGGCCGAGAGCUGCGAAGAGUGCGAAGAGAAGCAGGAUGCCCUGAUGCAGUGCCUCCUCCGUGCGUUCCACUGCGCCGAGCCCGGCACCCGACACGUCGGCUGCCUCCCCCUCUUCAUGUCCCUGCUCACCUACGAGGUGUAUUACCACUCUGACGCAGCAGAGGGCAGCACACAGACGGAGGUGCCGCUGUCCUCCAUCUGUUACCACGGUUCCCGGCUGGUCCAGGCGCUCGCCAAGUUCAAGGAGCGCUCGCUCCUCCUCAGCAGCCUGCGCGCUCUGACCCCCGCUGACCUCCUGACGCUGGCUUCCGACCCCUCGGGCAGCCACGUCCUCCAGGCCCUCAUCGCCACGUCGAGUGACAAGGGGCGGGGCAAGAUCCUCAAGAGGCUGGAGGUAGGACUGCAGGCUGUCGUGAGAAUAGGAAGCUGGUUAGGAUGCUGCCAUUUGAACUUGUGUCCGUCAACGGUUCCCUUUGCAGUUGUAGGCGGUGCUGCACACAGUUCGUGUCGUAUGGCUUGGGGGAGGCCACGCUGCUGCUUUGAGGGAGGGGGUUAUUUCACAGCACCAACAACAUCGACAUUUUUUCAAUCCCAUCGUAAGACCUCAAGAUAUAAAGAAGCCAGAACAGGUGUAGAAGUGACUUUGACACGUUUGAUGCCAGACUGGGUAUUUCAGAACCUGAGGAUCUACUGGAACCACCUCUCGGGUUCACAGAGUGGUUCAAAAGAAAACUCCAGAUUAUCAUCUUAUAUUUCGGUCAUGGUCCAGACCGUGAAGUGCAAAGAAAUACACAUUUCCAUUGAUUGGAACAUUAUCUCCCUUUCUUGACUCCUCCCCAUGUGUCCCCCCAGGGCCAGUACGUAGCCAUGGCGUGCUCCCGGUUGGGUAGCCGGGUGCUGGAAGCCAUCUGGAACGGCUCUUUGGUCAGUCACCGGCAAAACA